UCCUUUUUUGACAGCUUCUGUGGCUGCGCUGCGCGUUUCGUGUUGAUUUUGUAUUUUUCUCAGUUUCCACUCAAGUAUUUGCAGAUUUCUAAGUGAAAACCAUGGCGGAGGCAAUGAAACAAUCCGUGGCUACAAUGCUGAAAGGGAUCGAAAGAUACAACCCUGAUAAUUUGUCCACUCUGGAGAGGUACGUGGUGACGCAGGCGAGGGAGAACGCCUACGAUCUGGAGGCGAACCUCGCAGUUCUCAAGCUGUACCAGUUCAACCCGCACCUGUUCAACAUCGAGAUUACCAGCCAGAUCCUGCUGAAAGCUCUGACCAACUUCCCGCACACAGACUUCAUCCUGUGCAAAUGUUUAUUGACUGAGCAGAGACUGUCUGAAGAACCGAUCAGCCAGAUCAUGUUUUUGGCGCACAUCCUCGAACAGUGCGAUUUCCAAAUCUUCUGGAAACGUAUCGAGACGAUGCCGGACAUGACCUCGCGCAUCACCGGUUUCCUCGAUUCCAUCAGGAAGUUCGUCUGCCACGUCGUCGGCAUCACUUACCAGACGAUCGACCGUACCCAUCUGAGCCAACUUCUUGGAGACAUCAACGACAGCACCAUGAAACACUGGAUCAAGAAGUACGGUUGGAGGGAGGAUGGUAACUUAGUCUUCAUCUCUAACCAGGAGGAGAACAUCAAGACCAAGAACAUCAACGAGAAGAUUGAGUUCGAUCAUGUCGCUGCGAUCAUGAAAUCUUGUCGUUAAUGUAUA